AUGCUCACAGAGGUGGCUGCAGACACUGGCGGUGUGGUGCUCGUCUGUGCGUUCAGAGUAGUCAUGGGCCUCUCUCAGGGUUUCGUAUUCCCAUGCACACAUUCCUUGCUGGCAAAAUGGAUCCCACCCAAAGAAAAUGCUGUUUUGGGAACUGCUGUUUACUCAGGCGAUCAGCUGGGCACAGUAAUAGCAAUGAUGACAUCAGGGGCAUUAGCUGAGAGCGCCGUUGGGUGGCCAUUUAUCUUCUAUUUCUUUGGUGGACUUUCCAUCCUUUGGGGAGUGAUCUUAUUCUGGUUUGGAUGGAAUACCCCAUCUGAACACAAGCACAUAUCUGGAGCGGAACUUACUUAUAUUGAAGAAUCUUGCAAGGAUGUCUCACGUGAACAAAAGAAGUUUCCAACGCCGUGGGUAUCGAUUUUCACAUCACUACCCGUAUUUGCUCUCAUAGUUGCCACUAUAACACAGAACUGGGGAUUCGACACGCUCUUCACAGAAUCACCAACGUAUUUCAGUAAUUUUCUUGGAUUUGACAUUGCAUCUAACGGGUUACUUUCUGCACUGCCGUACAUCGCUAACAUUGUCCUGAGUGUUGCCUGCAGCUGGAUCGUCAACAGUGUAGAGAAGAAGCAAAUCCUCAGCAGGGGGGCCUUAAGAAAGGUGAUCAACUCCAUUGGUUACUGGUUUCCAGCCGUGACUUUAGUAGCCCUCGGCUUCAUCCCAGUGGGGGACCCAACAGCAGCUGUGAUCUUGCUGACUGUCACCAUCGGUGUCAAUGGUGUCGCUGUCAUGGGUUUCACGAUGAACCUUAUCGACAUCGCACCGAACUUCUCUGGCCUCAUGAUGGGUGUUACUGACUGUAUCGGGACACUGACGUCCAUCGCUGCACCACUCUACGUGGGUGCUAUAGUCAAGGAGAACGUAAGUACAAAGGGCCUCCCAGAGUAA